AUGCUCACUAAGGAAAUCAACUCGCUGCAGACGGCACUAGAAUUCAAAAGUAGUGAAAUGAAAGAACUACGACAGAAGUAUCAACAGGUUGCACUGCGUGUGGAAGAGAUCCCCGUGAAGGAGCUUGAAAUUACAAAGCUUAAACACAAAGUCAUUGAGCUGAAGCAAGCACUUGAUCAGAAGCUAAGCUAUGAGAAGAUACUUGUCCAUCAGAAUGAAGAACUCAAGCGACAACAAUUGGCAAUUGAGGAAGAGCGUGAAAGUAUGCAGAGAAGCUUUGAUGUGAUGGUUUAUCGCUACGAAACUGGUGAUGAACUUGAUCAAAGCGUUGGUUCACAGAAACAAAAACAGACCCCUGCAAAAGUGCAAUUCCGUUCACGAUCGAGCAACUCAGAUCGACCACACUCCAGUGCGAGGCUUUCACAAAUUUCCUGUGAAAUGGAUCGAUCAACAGAUCGUGAUUCAUUGAUUCGAUCGACCGUAUCCAUGUAUGCGUCGCAAGUUCAACUGCCAGAUAAUCAUGCCGAUGACGUCAUCUAUGCACCAGAUGAGAUAAUCACAAGCAGUGGUGAGUCAAAACUGAUGAUUAUUGUCAUUUGUUUGAUACGGUGA